AUGGAAGAGCAGGACCCAGGAGGACCUGGGCUUGGAGAGAGAGCACGGAAGGACUCCAAUCUCAUCCAUGCUGGGAGAGGUGCUGCAUCCUGGGAGAGAGCCGUGCCAGAGAUUUGGGGUCAGGAGCCCCUGGACUCAGAAGUACUUUGCCGACGCUUCCGGCAGUUCUGCUACGGUGACACCGACGGGCCCCGAGAGGUUUGCACCCAGCUCCAUGGACACAACCACUGGCUGAAGCCCAGAGAGAAACUCCAAGAGAUCCUGGACGGAGUGAUCUUGGGCGGUUCCUGCCCCUCCACCACCAAUGCAAGGCUGGGUCAGAGGAUGUGGGCAGGAGAGCAGCUCCCCAGCGGUGGCCCUGGCGAGGUUUCCUCCCUGAGUCAGGCGAGGAAGAGCAGAGCAGAGGUGGGUGGGGGCUUCUGCUCUUCCAGGUGGAAGCUAAGUUGGAAAGAGCUCAUGGAGGAGGCAGGGCCAAACCCAGAAUGUGCCCCAGAUGCCCUCUCACCUGGAGGAGUAGCGUGUCUUUCUCAGAAGGCAGAGUGGGGCGUUGCUGGAUCCAGACCAGAAACUCUUCUGAGGGCGUCAUGCUGGGGAGCUUCUGAGGAUGCGUGGCCUCUCUGGAACGCACCUAUAGAGGAGAUGGUUGCAGGAAACGAGGGGCUCUCUGUGGGAAAAGACCAGGAUGAUGUUUCUGAAGGAAAGGUUGGGGACAGAGACCGACCACUGAGGCAGGAAGGUAGCCAUGCAGACCAGACGGCAGACAAGUCCGUUCCGUCCCAAGGAGGAUGCUUCUGUGAAAGUCCAGUCCAAGAAGAAAGAUCAACCGAAAGAAGGAGGAACGAAUGUCUUUGUUCUAACCAGAGACUCUGCUCCAGGGAAAACAGAAGUGAAAAUCUGGCCUUCGGGAAGACCUUCAGUAAGAACAUCACUUUUAUUUCUGAGAGGCAAAUUCACUUAGAAGAAAAAUUAUACAACUUCCUGAAGUGCAGAAAGAUCUUCAAGCAGAAAUCAGCCAUUUCAUCACAUCAGACUCAAUCAGCAGGGGGUGAGCGGUGGAAUGAAGGUGAUGAGACAGUGCUAAAUAAAGUCCAGAACGAAGAUUUGGAAGGAAUCGCCAGGAAUCGAGGUGGACUUAAUAAGCAGAAAGGAAGUCCCAUGAUGGAUAAUAGGGAAAAACCUAUUUCAUGCCAAGGGCAGGAUUUCAGUGAACUAAUCCAAACAGCAGAGGAAGCACAUAAGUGCUUGGAAUGUGGGAUGACCUUCUCAGAUCAAAGCCAAUAUGAGCUCCAUCUGCAAAUGCACAGUGGAAAGAAGACCCAUCAAUGCUUGGAGUUUGGAAAGAAUUAUGUUUGCAGAACAGAGCUACCUAGCCAUCAAAGAACAUAUAAAGAAGAGCAACCUUACAGCUGCGCAGACUGUGGCAAAAGCUUCUCAGGACAAUCAGAUCUUUCUCAAAACCAUUGUGGGACUCAUUCAGGAGAGAAUCCAUUUAUCGGCAUAGAGAGUGGAAAGGCCUUCUCUGGUAUAAGAAAGAGUAAUGUACAUUUUCCAAAGCAUAGUAUAAUAAGGACACAUAAAUGUUUUUCGUGUGGAAAGUUCUUCAGCUGCAAAUCAAAGCUCCUGGUGCACCAAAGAACUCACACAAAGGAAAGGCCUUUUGAAUGCUCAGAGUGUGGAAAGAGAUUCAGUCACAGUAGCGCUUGUCAAAAUCAUCAAAGGACUCACACAAAGGAAAGGCCUUUUGAAUGCUCAGACUGUGGAAAGAGAUUCAGUCAGAGUAGCAAUCUUCAACAGCAUCAAAGAACUCACACAAAGGAGACACCUUUUGAAUGCUCAGAGUGUGGAAAGAGGUUCAGUGGGAGAAGCACUCUUAAACAGCAUCAGAGAACUCACACAAAGGAGAGACCUUUUGAAUGGUCAGAGUGUGGAAAGAGGUUCAGUGGGAGAAGCACUCUUAAACAGCAUCAGAGAACUCACACAAAGGAGAGACCUUUUGAAUGCUCAGAGUGUGGAAAGAGGUUCAGUGGGAGAAGCACUCUUAAACAGCAUCAGAGAACUCACACAAAGGAGAGACCUUUUGAAUGCUCAGAGUGUGGAAAGAGGUUCAGUGGGAGAAGCACUCUUAAACAGCAUCAGAGAACUCACACAAAGGAGAGACCUUUUGAAUGGUCAGAGUGUGGAAAGAGAUUCAUUCAGUGUAGCCAUCUUCAAAAACAUCAAGGAACUCACACAAAGUAAAUUCUGUGUGAAUGCUUUGAGUGGGGAAGUCAUUCAACAACAGUGUCCAUCUUCAGCGGCAUUAAAAAACCCCUGCAGGGGGAAAAAAUUUGGAAUGCUCGUUGUGAGGCCCCUGGUUCACUCUUGGACAAGAC